AUGCUCAAAGAGGCCCUCCUCCCAGAAAUCAUUGAAAAUCAAACAAAGUUGUUGAGCACUUACAUGGCUGUAAAUGACAGGAAAUUCAAUGAGGUGAUGAUUCAUAAUAAGAUGCUAGAAAACCAAAUUUCUCAACUUGCCAAUGCCUUGAAAGACCAUGCUAGUCCUUCUUCUUUACAUUCCCAAGGUUUAUAUCCAAAGAGACCCGUGAAUGCUAUUGUUACAAGGAGUGGUAAGUUUCUUGAGGAGAGUUUGCCUAGGAAGAGUGGAACUAAGGAGGUCCCCAAGGAGGUCUUGGUAGAGGAUGAGAGAAAUGGUGCAUCUUUUAGUGAGGUUGUGAUUGAGACACCUAGAGAGGUGAGAGUGGAGAAAGAAAUUGUGAAACCCAAGCUUCCAUAUCCACAAAAAUUCAUGAGAUAUAGGUUGGAUGAACAAUUUGGAAGAUUUAUUGACAUGCUUAAGCAACUUCAUCUUUCUUUACCUUUUACCGAAGUUAUUACCCAAAUGCCCAACUAUGCAAGAUUCCUCAAAGACAUUUUGAGUGGUAGGAGCACUUCUGAUGUGGUGGAGACGGUCAACUUCACCGAGAAUUGUAGUGCAAUUAUAAUGAAUAAGAUGCCACCCAUGUUGAAAGAUCCCGGAAACUUCUCUAUCCCUAGUGUUAGCUUAAUGCCAUAUUAG